CGGGUGUAGUCAGAGUUAAAACAUUGAGGUUGUCCAAACACUGUGAAGGCUCCGCCUGAAAUGUAGCUGCAGCCGGCAGGGGCGCCGCAUUGCCCCGGGUUCUCGCAGCCCUUCCCCCAGCCGUCCAGGCCAGCGGGCCACGUGGAGGAGCGGAGGCAGCCGUAGCCCUCGGGCAGCACUCGGUCCUCCGCGAUCCCACGCUCCCUUGCGCCAAGGACACGUCCGGCAGCUCCGCAGGGCCCUUCUACGCUGCUGCCGCGCCUCUCUAUGAUCCGCUGCCGUGUUCAGACCGGGUGUCAUGGCGGCAGGCGUCGAGUUGGCAGGGAUUGCCCACGGAACUGGGGAAAGUCACUAAAGCAGAGGAAGAAGUGGCACAACCUGGAUGGUGGGAAGUCGUGGAAAUGAGCAAAGGCCCUGAGCGAGUGACUGUGACACCGGAGGCGGCCCCUUGGUAAAGUCCCAGGCCAGGCCUGUGCUUUAGAAACGGCCUUUGGAGCGAGCCCCCGAAGCCAGCCGUGCCCGGGACCCUUCAGCCGCCCUCACUGUGCUGUCGAGUAUUGAGUGUUUUGAUUUGGGCUGGUCUCGCGAAGGCACCAGGUAUUCGAGGACAUUUGGCAGGAUCGUCCUGCGACGCUGGGCGCUGUUCUCCGAGCGGACCAAGUCGUUCUCUAACUCGCAGCGAUGUCGUCCUGGCUUGGGGGCCUCGGCUCCGGCUUCGGCCAGUCUCUGGGUCAGGUUGGGGGCAGCCUAGCUUCCCUCACUGGCCAAAUUUCAAACUUUACCAAGGAUAUGCUGAUGGAGGGCACGGAGGAAGUGGAAGAAUUACCUAAUUCUGGGAGAAAGGAGAUUGAAGCUAUUCAUGCAGUCUUAAGAUCAGAGAAUGAGAGACUUAAAAAACUUUGUAUGGAUUUAGAAGAGAAGCAUGAAGCCUCCGAACUUCAAAUAAAGCAGCAAUCUACAAGUUAUCGGAAUCAACUACAACAAAAAGAGGUAGAAAUCAGCCAUCUUAAAGCAAGACAGAUUGCGCUACAAGAUCAGUUGCAGAAGCUGCAGUCAGCUGCUCAGUCAGUAAAUUCAGGAGCUGGUGGUGUACCAGCAACCUCCGCAUCAUCUUCAUUCAGUUACGGUAUCAGUCAUCACGCUUCAGCUUUCCAUGACGAUAUGGACUUUGGUGAUGUAAUUUCAUCACAACAAGAAAUAAACAGACUGUCAAAUGAAGUUGCCAGACUUGAGUCUGAAGUUGGCCACUGGAGGCAUAUUGCGCAGAAUUCUAAAGCACAAGGAUCAAAUAGCUCUGAUCAAAGUGAAAUCUGCAAACUUCAAAAUAUCAUUAAGGAACUUAAAGAGAAUCGAAGUCAGGAAAUUGAUAACCAUCAACAUGAAAUGUCAGUAUUGCAGAAUGCACAUCAACAGAAAUUGACAGAAAUAAGCCGCCGGCAUCGAGAAGAAUUAAGUGACUAUGAAGAACGAAUUGAAGAACUGGAAAAUCUGUUACAACAAGGUGGCUCAGGAAUCACAGUAACUGAUCAUUCUAAAAUUCAUGAGAUGGAAAAAACUAUUCAAGACCUACAGACUGAAAAAGUAGCAUCUACAAAAAAAAUUGAAGGACUUGAGGAUAAAAUAAAAGACAUAAAUAAAAAAUUAUCUUCGGCAGAAAAUGACAGAGAUGUGUUGAGGAUGGAACAAGAACACCUAAAAGUGGAAAACAGACAAAUAAUAGAAGAAUGUGAACAUUUGAAACUGGAAUGUAGUAAAUUACAGCCUUAUGCACUGAAGCAAAGUGAUGCUGUGACAGAAAGGGAAAGAAUUCUUCCACAGAUUACACCAGCGGAAGAUGAGGUGAUCAGACUGCAACAAGCACUGUCUGAUGCUGAAAAUGAAAUAAUGAGACUGAGUAAUUUAAAUCAGGAUAGCAGUCUUGCUGAAGACAAUCUGAAACUUAAAAUGCAUGUCCAAGUUUUAGAAAAAGAGAAUACAUUAUUGAUUCAAGAAAAGGAAAAACUUCAAAUAUCACUUUUAAAAUUGAACGAUGAAUAUGAAGUAGUUAAAAGUACAGCUACAAGAGACCCGGAUUUGGACUCAGAAUUACAUGAUUUAAGACUUAAUUUGGAGGCAAAGGAACAAGAACUCAAUCAGAGUAUAUCUGAAAAGGAAAUAUUGAUAGCUGAGUUAGAAGAAUUAGACAAACAGAACCAGGAAGCUACAAAGCACAUGAUUUUGAUAAAAGAUCAGCUCUCAAAACAGCAAAGUGAAGGAGAUAGCAUCAUCAGUAAACUGAAAAAAGAUCUAAGUGAUGAAAAAAAGAGAGUUCAUCAACUUGAAGAUGAUAAAAUGCACAUUACUAAGAAGUUAGACAUGAAAAAAGAAAAGUUAAUUCAAAGUGAACUGGUCAUAAAUGAUUUGCAUUUAACCAAGCAGAAGCUUGAAGAUAAAGUGAAAGAUUUAGUAGAUCAGCUAAAUAAAUCACAAAAAAGUGAUAUAGACAUCAAGAAGGAGAACUUUGAACUUAAGGAACAUAUUCAGCAAAAUGAGAAGGAGCUUUCUAGAGUCAGGGAUGAAUUAACUCAGUCUCUAAAUAGAGAUUCUGACAGUAAUUUUAAGGAUGACUUGCUUAAAGUAAGGGAAGCUGAAGUCAGAAACCUAAAGCAAAGUCUUUCAGAAAUAGAACAGCUCAAUGACAGUUUAAACAAAGUUGCUUUUGAUUUCAAAGUGGAAAAUGAAAAGUUGGUUAUAGCAUGUGAAGAUGUACGACAUCAGUUGCAAGAAUCUAUUGCUGGUAAUAAUCAGAUUUUUCUGGAAAAAAACACUAUGAUGGAGGCUCUAAAAAUGGAAAAAGGACAGUUAGAAGCAGAAUUGUGUCAGGCGGAAAAGAGGCUGUUGGAAGAAGCAAACAAAUAUGAGCAAACCAUUGAAGAACUGACAAAUUCACAUAAUUUGAGUACCUCUGCUUUACAGCUGGAACAUGAGUGUUUAAUUAAACUCAGUCAAGAGAAAGACUCUGAAAUAGCAGAACUCAAAAAGAAUAUUGAGCAGAUGGACAUUGAUAAUAAAGAAACUAGGAAGAUUUUGUCAUCCAGUUUAGAAGAGCAGAAGCAAUUGACACAACUUAUAAAUGAGAAAGAAAUUUUUAUUGAAAAACUUGAAGAAAGAAGUUCAGAGCUUCAGGAGGAAUUAAAUAAAUAUACUCAGGCCUUAAGAAAAAAUGAAGUUUUAAAGCAAACUAUAGAGGAGAAAGACAGAAGUCUGGGAUCCAUGAAAGAGGAGAACAACCAUCUAAAAGAAGAACUGGAGCGACUCAAGGAACAGCAGAGUCGAGCUGCACCUGUGGCUGAGCCUAAAACCCUUGAUAGUAUUACAGAACUGGAAUCAGAGGUGUCUCAACUGAAUAUAAUAAAGGAUAAUCUUGAAAAGGAAGUAAAACAUCAUCAAAAGGUAAUUGACGAUCAAAACCACAGUAAAAUGCAACUACUUCAAUCUUUACAGGAGCAGAAGAAAGAAAUGGAGGAAUUUAAAUGCCAGCAUGAGCAAAUGAAUGUCACACACACACAACUCUUUUUAGAGAAAGAUGAGGAAAUUAAGAAUUUGCAAAAAACAAUUGAACAAAUCAAAACCCAAUUGCAUGAAGAAAGACAGGAUGUAGAGAACUCUGAUAUUUUUCAAGAAACAAAAGUUCAGAGCCUUAGUAUAGAAAACGGAAGUGAAAAGCAUGAUUUAUCUAAAGCUGAAACUGAACGAUUAGUAAAAGGAAUAAAAGAACGAGAAAUGGAGAUUAAACUUCUAAAUGAAAAGAAUAUAUUUUUAACUAAAAAGAUUGAUCAGCUAUCCAAAGAUGAGGUUGGUAAACUAACUCAGAUUAUCCAGCAGAAAGAUUUGGAGAUACAAGCUCUUCAUGCCAGAAUUUCUUCACCUUCAUACCCUCAGGAUGUUGUUUACCUUCAACAGCAGCUGCAGGCCUAUGCUAUGGAAAGAGAACAAGUAUUAGCUGUUUUGAGUGAGAAGACUAGGGAAAAUAGCCAUCUGAAAACAGAAUAUCACAAAAUGAUGGAUAUAGUUGCUGCCAAAGAAGCAGCUCUCAUUAAGCUGCAAGAUGAAAAUAAAAAAUUGUCCACUAGAUUUGAAAGUGCUGGCCAAGACAUGUUCAGAGAAACUGUUCAGAAUUUAUCACGUAUCAUUCGAGAAAAAGACAUUGAAAUAGAUGCAUUAAGUCAGAAAUGUCAGACCUUAUUGACAGUUUUGCAAACAUCCAACACUGGAAAUGAGGUUGGAAGUGUUAAUAGUAAUCAGUUUGAAGAGCUUCUCCAGGAACGUGAUAAAUUAAAACAGCAAGUAAAGAAAAUGGAAGAGUGGAAACAGCAGGUGAUGACCACAGUACAAAACAUGCAACACGAGUCAGCCCAGCUUCAGGAAGAACUUCAUCAACUUCAGGCACAAGUGUUGGUUGACAGUGAUAAUAAUUCUAAGUUACAAGUGGACUACACUGGCCUGAUCCAGAGUUACGAGAAGAAUGAAACCAAACUCAAAAAUUUUGGGCAAGAACUAGCACAAGUUCAGCACAGCAUAGGGCAACUUUGCAACACCAAAGACCUUCUUUUAGGAAAACUUGAUAUUAUUUCACCUCAGCUCUCUACGGGAUCAUUGCUUACUUCCCAAUCAGCAGAGUCUCAUAGAACAGUUAAGCCUGAUCUAUCAAGUGAGUCUUCUAAACAAGAGAUAGACGAGCUGAGAAAAUCAUUGCAUGAAAAAGAUGCAACCAUUAGAACUCUCAAGGAAAAUAAUCACAGAUUGUCUGAUUCGAUUGUUGCCACCUCGGAGCUAGAAAGAAAAGAACAUGAACAAACUGACUCCGAGAUUAAGCAGCUAAGGGAGAAACAAGAUGUCUUACAAAAGUCACUUAAGGAGAAAGACCUCUUAAUCAAAGCCAAAAGUGAUCAGUUGCUUUCUUUAAAUGAAAAUUUAACUAACAAAGUGAAUGAAAACGAACUUUUGAGGCAGGCAGUGACAAACCUGAAGGAGAGAAUACUAAUUUUAGAAAUGGAUGCUUGUAAACUAAAAGGGGAAAAUGAAAAAAUAGUAGAAACAACCAGGGAAAAGCAAACAGAGUAUCAAGCAUUACAAGAGACUAACAUGAAGUUUUCUAUGAUGCUGAGAGAAAAAGAGUUUGAGUGUCAUUCCAUGAAGGAAAAGGCUCUUGCUUUUGAGCAACUACUGAAAGAAAAAGAGCAGGGCAAGACUGGGGAGUUAAAUCAGCUUUUAAAUGCAGUUAAGUCAAUGCAGGAGAAAACAGUUAUAUUUCAACAGGAGAGAGACCAAGUCAUGUUGGCCCUGAAACAGAAGCAAAUGGAAAACAGUGCUGUACAGAAUGAGGUUCAACAUUUACGUGACAAAGAAGUACGCUUAAACCAGGAGCUAGAGAGACUGCGUAACCAUCUUUUGGAAUCAGAGGAUUCUUACACCCGGGAAGCUUUGGCUGCAGAAGAGAGAGAGGCUAAAUUAAGAAAGAAAGUCACCAUGUUGGAGGAAAAGCUGAUUUCAUCCUCUAAUGCAAUGGAAAAUGCAAGCCAUCAAGCCAGUUUACAGGUAGAGUCAUUGCAGGAACAGCUGAAUGUAGUCUCCAAGCAGAGGGAUGAAACUGUGCUCCAGCUUUCUGUCUCUCAGGAACAAGUAAAGCAGUAUGCCCUGUCACUGUCCAACCUGCAGAUGGUACUAGAGCAUUUCCAACAAGAGGAAAAAGCUAUGUAUUCUGCUGAAGUAGGAAAGCACAAACAACUUGUAGCUGAAUGGAAGAAAAAGGCAGAAAAUCUGGAAGGAAAACUAGUAUCAUUACAGGAGCGUUUGGAUGAAGCAAAUGCUGCAUUGGAUUCAGCAUCAAGGCUUACAGAACAACUAGAUUUAAAGGAAGAACAAAUUGAAGAACUUCAAAAACAAAAUGAGCUGCGAGAAGAAAUGCUGGAUGAUGUACAAAAGAAACUGAUGAACUUAGUAAACAGCACAGAAGGAAAAGUGGACAAAGUCCUAAUGAGAAACCUCUUCAUUGGACAUUUCCACACACCAAAAAAUCAGCGUCAUGAAGUGUUACGAUUGAUGGGAAGCAUCCUGGGUAUCAAAAGAGAGGAAAUGGAGCAGUUGUUGAAUGAAGGUCAGGGUGGUGUUACAAGGUGGAUGACUGGGUGGCUUGGAGGAGGAUCAAAAAGUGUCCCCAACACACCUUUGAGGCCAAAUCAGCGAUCUGUGCUUAACAGUUCUUUUUCAGAACUUUUUGUUAAAUUUCUAGAAACAGAAUCUCAUCCAUCUAUUCCACCACCAAAGCUUUCUGUUCAUGAUAUGAAACCUCUAGAUUCACCAGGAAGGAGAAAACUAGAUACAAAUAUAUCAGAAAGUUUUAAAGAUGCAACAGAAUCCAGGUCCGGUAGAAGGACAGAUGUGAAUCCAUUCUUGGCUCCCCGCUCCGCCGCUGUACCUCUUAUUAACCCAGCCGGACUUGGACCUGGGGGACCUGGGCAUCUUCUUUUGAAACCCGUCUCAGAUGUGUUGCCCACAUUUACACCUUUGCCAGUGUCACCUGACAAUAGCGCUGGAGUUGUGUUAAAAGACUUGUUAAAGCAAUAGAUGAUUCUUAAGCCAGCGACAACAUAUAUAGCACUUUAAAGAAACCAUGGACACUAUGUGUGUGUACUUUAUCACAAAGUGGCCUUUUGGAAAAAGUCAUUUAUUUGUUUGCAGUUGUACUUCCUUAAAAUUUAAUAAAAAUGCUCUUUAUGCUUUUAGAAAUUGCAGGUGUCACAGGAGGAAAUGUUUGCUGUAUUAUCUGCUUUUUUCCUUCUCUGAUUUGACCUAAUUCAAGCUAGAAACAUCUGAUCUUUCACCUUAAUUACAAAAUAAGAAAAAUAAAAAGACACAGUACUAGUAGCUAUAUAUCAGCUCUUUAUUUUCUUCUCUGAUUUUCAAGUUUAUUGAAGUUAGAGACAUAUGGCUUAUCUUUUAAAAUUCAAGAGAUUUACAAAAGAAAAAUACUAGUGGCUUAUCUGCAUAGUGCAGACAAUUGAUCUGAAGCAUAUAUUAAUCAUCUUUAGAGGACUUAGGGCAGACAGGCCAGGAACAAGGUUGUCCCUUGAAGGUCAUAGAAUGUGUAUGCAUGUGGUUCUAUGCAAUUUUAUCACAUGUGGAUAUGCAUGUGAUCACCACUACAGUGCAGAUACAGAACAGUUCCAUCAAGGGUCCUUCACGCUGCCCUUGUGUGAUCAUAGCCACCUCCUUCCUUAACCCCUCCUUUCUAGCAGUCACUAACUGCUCUCUGUCUCUGUAAUCUUGUCAUUUUGAGAGUGCUAAUAAAUGAGAUCAUAUGGUAUGUAACCUUUUGAGAUUCUCACUCAGCAUAAUUCCCUUGAGAUCCAUCCAAGUGGUUGCUUGUAUUGGUAGUUUGUUCUUUUGUAUUGUUAAGUACAUACUGUGGAUAUAUGUUUAGUUUGAAGAGCUAAGGUUAUUUUUAAAGGUAUCAUUUCAAAUUAAUUGUUUCCUCAUACAUGAAAACACACACACAGCUUUUGUGUAAGUAUGAAACUGUACAGUUGCAUUUCCACAGCUGUAAUUAGCAAUAUCACUAAACAUGACACCUCCUGCCUCUGUCUGAGGUGUUAAAGGUAAGAGAGCUGUCAAUCCAGGAGUCCUCCAUUCUCAUCCUUGUGCUCAUUUGGAGGUAGUGAAAUCACUUCAUCAAUACCAGCACCAGGUGUUUGGAACCGAAGAGUAAGAGUAUUUCUUUAUAAACCCCUCAUGAAAAAUCCUGACUUGGAACUUAAUUAUAUUCAGGAUGUUCAUGUUUGUAUUCAUUGUUGAAAUUGUACAUUUAAAGACAGUUCUUGCAAAUUUUGUAAAUGUGGAUAAGCCUUUAAAAUAGAAACAUCUGUGUAACAAGGAAAGGUGAAAAUGAUACUUAUCCGAAUAUGUAAAUAGGCCCUGCUAUAUGCAGGCUAAAUUUGGUUGUUUGUAAAUUUUGCUGUGAUUAACUAUCUACUGUAUUUAGAAAAUUGGGAUUCUUUAUGUGUUGAUGGGUGAACCUUGGUUUUUCUGCAAGAUUUAGUAACUGAGACAUUGCUGCUUCAGAACAUCACCUGUCUCCUUAGCUAAUUUAUUUUUAUUGCCAUUCUUUAUUUAGUACACUUUAAAGGAAAUUGUCAUACAAAUUCUAUGUUAGAACUGUCAGAAUGCCUCCUGUCUGUUUUGCCCAUUGUAACUUUUCUGUGAAAUUAUCACCCUUAGUUUCUAUAAGAUCCUUCAAAGAUACUUUCACUGACCAUCCUAAAUUAUUUGCCACUUACCAUUGAAGUUUCAUUUCAGUGUGAGGCAUCUGAAAUAAAAGUUUCUAAAGUUAAAAAAAGACACAUGAUCUUUCAUUUUGAAGAAAGAACAUGCAAAAAAAUGUUUCUCUUAAUUUCAAAAGGAGGUGCAUAAUGGGUAUUUAAGUAGCAUGUCAUCAUAUUUUAAAUGCCUUUUAUGACAUUUUGAUUAUUCUGUGCUCAAAACAGACUGCCCUCCCUCACCCCAUAGUUUAACCUAAGUUUGAAAGCUCUUAUGGGUAGAUUACCUCUCUACACAUCACUGCAUGACCUUAUGUGGCUGCUAUUUAAGUAAGUAUGUGACCUUGUCCGCAGCUGUAGUACCUAAUGUUUCGGUUGUGUCGUCAUUGACACUAUAGCUUCCUGGUAUGCAUACUAAGUGGUUUGUUGAUCUAAACCAGACAUAACUCCUCUACUUUUCUGAAACUAAGUUGUGUCGGAGAUGAACCAUCUGCUUGAACAAUCUUCCUGGUUACCAUAUAGCGAUAAAGCCUGUAAUUCUAUUGUUAGCAAUAGGACAUUGCUAACAGUAAUUCUAAUGCAAUAUUUAACUGCAGUGACUUUCCUGUUUACUUCUUUAUAAUCUCACCAGAAGUUGUGGUUGAAUUUUGCCUUAGCUGCUGCAGCUUUUCACAACAUUCCUAAUGGUUUUCAACUGCUGGACUAUAACAAAAUCCAUCCAGCCAUUGAGUUUGAUUUUAGUAUACUCCUGCAUCAUAUGGUUCAUUGAGUUUCAGUUUCUGCCAUUAUUGAUUUAAAAGAAAAAGAAACAGGCAAAAUUAAACAAUAAAAAUGUGACAAGAGAGGAAUGACUUUGUUAAAACCAGCCAAUUAAAAUAUUAAAUAUCCCUCUAAAUAAAGCCUUCAGUCUAUUUUAAUCUUUUAAUGGUUAAUUGAAAGGGGGGAGAAACUCUCAAAAUACCCAAUCAGUAGGUGGAAAAACAAACUGUCUUCAGGGACAGGAGAGUGGUGAGAAUUAUUGAGAAGUGCUGUUCAUCAAAUAUAAAGCAUUUGAAUUUAAUUCUAAAGCUAAUGAAGUUUUUCAUAUAUCCAAGUAUUUAAAAUGUGUUGCAUCAAGAAAAAUUUAGUCUUGUAUAUAUCAAGUAAGUAUAACUGAUAUUUUAUAUAUUCCUAUGGAAAAAGUAAUGGUACUUUUAAUGUUCUGUCAUUUGUGAUUAUUUACCAGUCUUUACUUUUUAAUUUAUUAAGGUUUCUCUACUUAAAAUCAGUAAGUUGUCUUUUGAUUUUUAGGAAAAUAUCUAAAUGUGAGAAAUUUACAACCCAACCUUAAUACUGGGUUGUGUUUUAUAGAGCUAAAGUCAAUGCAUUUCUGAAUUUCUCAGGAGCACUGCAGUGCAAAAAAAUACUCCAAAUAAAAAUGAUAUAUGUAACUUGGCAAUGUCUUCAUCCACAAUAAAAAAAUUUUUUAGCAAA